UUCAAGAUGGCGGACGGCGAAGAAAACGUGGAUUCGAUGGAAACAGAUUCAGCAAGUGAAGGGAAAGGUGAAAGCCCACCAAAAAGGCCGGACAACCUGUGUUGUUACUCACAAAAAGAGUGUGAUUUAGAAAAACUGAAAGGGUUUGACUUUUGUCACAAACAUAUUCUUGAAGACAAAGCGAGUCCAUUCAAGCCUUGUGAUUUUGUUUCAAAGACAAAUGGAAAGAAGUGUGCAAAUCCAGCACCAAAACUUGCUGAUGGUCAAAAGACUUACUGUCUUCUUCACACACGGGAUUCAGAGCUUAGAAAAGUUCUGGAAGCAAAAACAAAGAAAAAGAAAAGAAAACUGAGUGGACAGCAGGAUGAACAACCUAAAGCACCAACAUCAAAACCUGGUCCAGGUCGUCCUGCUGGAGUAAGGAAUUAUACAAAAAGACCAAAAGUCCUAGACUUAGCAGGAGAAUACAGACGAGAUGAUGUGUUAAGAGUUGAGAGUUCCUGGCAUGGUGAUUAUGAAAGUGAUAGUGAAUCGAUAGAUAAUGAAAUGGAUGAUCCGUUAAGACAUGCAGGUGUUUGGACUGCUGAAGAAGUAACAAAGGUGUGUCGUGACAAACUGCUGAGAUUAAGAUCGCUAUAUAUGUCUCAGUUUGAAAGAUUAAAACAUGUCUAUAAGAACAAGAGGAGAAAGUAUCUUCUAGCCACUGGGGCUAAUGAAGAAGGUGUAACAGUAGGUGGAAGAAACGGAACAAAACCAAACGAGUCUCUUUCAGCUAUGCACAUUGCUAGCAGAUGUUACAACAAGCGGUACAGAAACGAUGCACUUCUGCAAAAGCAAAGCAAAGAAAAACGGUUAGGAACGACAUCGCGAAAUCAGAUUUUGCCCCAUCAGCGUUGUGGUCACUACACCGAUGGGAAUCGUUGUACAUCAAAAAUUGUCCCUUUUGCGAAAUAUUGUUUGAAACAUAUCUGUCACGACACAAACCAACAAUUAUUUCUGCCAUGCUCACAAAUGAUUGGCGCUGAACAAAGUUGUGGUGCGGCCGUCCCGAAUGUUUCAAAUCAUGAAAGAUGUAUACUUCAUCUUCCACACACAAGUGAUUUAUCUGUGGUUGAUUUGGAACAAGAGCUUCAGCAGGCUCAGGAACGGCAAAUAAUCAAGGACAAAGAAAUCGAAGGGAGACGAAAAGCUGCUUUGGAAAUUGCAAAAUCUGAAGCACUUGCUGCUGAGCGCGGGAAGAAACCCGAAGAUUCAAAAACCCUUGGUACAUCUUCCACGCCUACUACACCACAAACCAACGUACCUGAAUCACAACAAAAGGAAACGCCACCAACAAUGCCUAACUUUCCAUGCAAACUCUCUGGAUCCCCUGUAACCAAUCUUCAGAUUAAAAUUCAACCAGAAAAACAACCAGAAAUCGUGUGCAAAAAUUUGGUCUCCUCCAUAGCACCAAUGACAACCCAACAUGAUAGCAAAGUUGGUAAUUCAGUAACCCCAUCCACAACUAGUACUACAAGUACAGCUGGCGUGUCAUUGACAACUAGCGGACCAUCUGAUGUCAACACCUCAUCUAUCCCUUCUAAAACACACGAUAAACCUACCAAUAAGGUUGCCCCUCAGCAACCUCUGAAAUCGUCUAUUUCAAUGAAAAGCAUGGACACUGGUCCAGUCACUGACCCAAAUCCUCCUUUACCUUCAGCAAAUAAAGCCAGUGGUUCUUUAAAAAGUAGCCUUAUCGCAUCUUCAAAUACUAAACAAACACCAAUGCUUGUCGAUUCCUCAGUCAGCAGCAAAGAACCUGCAAUAUCAGAAGUUUCGAAAUCUAGCGUUCACUCUGAGAAUAUUAACAAGAAUAUUAACAUCUCUGACGGUGGGAGCAUUGGAAAUCCGUCAAAGCCUUGAGAACGAUUAGUUUUCGGGUAAAAUCAAUAGGCUACGACGAUGUAUAUUAAUUCGUGUUAUAAUACCAUUUGUUAUAAAAGAAAUCAAACUUUUGUUUCUUUGAGUAUUCACAACACGUGGAAAAUACAUCUAUCAUUUCC